GCAUGAACUGCAAAGAAUGUCCUUCAAAAGUGAAAAGAAGAAAUGCUGGUAACCUUUUAAUACAGGCAGCUUUGCAAGCUGAAAGAUUAGUUGUACCAGUCAGCCCGGAUAGAUCAGCACGAUGGAGGCCGAAAAGCGGGAUACACCUAAGAGCGAUGAUCCGUACCGCUGGAGCGACUACAUUCGCCCCGUCAGGAUAACCGUGUGGACGUGGAAAAUCUGUGGUCUUUACAAUGGGAAGCCACAGACUACACGGUACCGUGUGUACCGUGCCGUGUUCAACAUCUUCCUGAUGGUAGUGUACCUGUUCACGCUGUCGCUCAAUGUGUUCGUGAUGCAAACGUUCGAGCAGCUGGUCCUGUACAUCAUGUACAUCGUGUUUACGGAGAUUGUCAUGGCACUGAAGGCGAUCGUCACCUACUACAAGUUCGAUCAGCUGUGUGACCUGUACCGCCAGACGCUCGGUAGUGACUUUCAACCGCUCGACGCCGAAGAAGAACAGCUGCACCGCAAGGGAGUUGCAAGUAUUAACCGCUAUCUGUAUCCGUACCUCGUGACGACGAACUUGGCCGUCGCCAGUUCGUGCCUGUACCUGCUGCAAGACGAUUACCGGCUGCCCUACUUUCCCUGGAUACUGGGCAUCGAGUAUGGGCCGACGAAGCGUCUUAACUAUGGGGUGCUGUUUGCUUACCAGGUGAUUGGCAUGUAUCUGCACAUGCUGAUCAAUGUAGCGAUCGACGUGCAGCUGUCCUAUCUGCUCGGGAUGACCAGCAUCCAGCUGGAUUUGAUUGGCAAACGUUUCCGCUCACUGCACACGUCCGAACAGUUCCGGGAGUCUUUCGUCGGCUUAAUGAACCACCAUGGAAAAGUGCAACGGAUGACCGCUGAAAUCGAGCAGCUCUUCUCGGCGGCAUACUUUGCCCAGUUCGGGUCGAGCGGUUUGGUGAUUUGUGCGUCCGCAUUCAAGACAUCUUCAAUGUUUAACCUGUACGAGCUGACCGCCAUCCAGAAUCUGCUCUACAUGCUGUCGAUGAUAUUUCAAAUGUUCUUACCAUGUCGCUUCGGCAAUGAGGUGACGCGCAAAAGCCACCUGCUUCGGACCUCCAUCUACAGCUCCCGUUGGUACGAGAUGGGAUUGCAGGAGCGCAAAACGUUGCGUAUGUUGCUGCAGCGCAUGAACAAACCGCUCACGCUGAAGGCGUUCUAUUUUUUCAACUACAAUCUACAGGCGUUUACUACGACACUCAAUAUGGCUUAUUCAUUGUACGCAUUGUUGCAACGCAACGCAUUGAAGAAAGUUUAAUAUUAAUAUUGGUUCUAUCAAAGGACAUAAUGUUUUAGAACAACAACUAAUCGUAAAACAAUGCCAGCGUAAGUGCACUGUAACCGCACAAUUGAUCCGAUUACUACGCAAGUAAGCGUAACAUACUUUCUCAUUUUUUUUCUACAGGAAGAGAGCAUUUGCCGAUGAAACAAAAUUGGUUACACUGCGAUCGUUGGUUUUUCGUUCGAUAUAUUUCCCUCUCGUACACAAUUGCAAUUGCUGUUCUUCAGCGUUUCCCUUCGCUUGGUAAUCGUUUCAGGAACUUAGCCACUAAAACGAUAAGUACACCAUCCCUCUUCAACCGCACACGCUUACUUACUGAUUCGUUACCUCUCUUCGCUAGCCUGUUUAACGUCUUAAUGUUCGAUGUACCCGAUACGCCUUGCAUUGCAUUGGUGUACAAAUUAAUAAUACAUAAUAUCUAUGCGUACGUUUAAAGAAGGAUAAAGAUUAUUCCCAUUGCUGCGCUGCGCUCUGCCAUUUGAUGUUGAUGAUCGUUAUUUCUUUCCUACUUGGAGACAGAACCACCCCUUGGCGCAUUUGUUAGUUGAUAGGUUGAUGAGUAUAAAUUACUAAAUUAUAAUUUAAUUCGUGUUAAUGCGUGUAAGCAUGUACGCCACAAACAAAUUGAAAGCGUUGUUUGGCGAUUAUCAUUUAUUGCGCCCCAAUUGCGCGGUACGAUCGCAAGCAUUGGUGUGUACAUUUGCUUUUGCUUUGCACUGAAAGAAAAGAACGAACGAAUUAAAAUCAAGGACAUGAAACAAAUUGCACACGUGGAAUGAAGAUGAUUCUAACCGCACACACGCCCAUCUAAUGUAAGACAAAACAUUUGCCGGAAAUGAUAAUAAAAACCAAUUAUAUGUAGCAAAGCUUUAAAUACAACGGCAACGGCACGCAAUGCAACCACCGUAGUAAGCUCAAGCGGUGGUGGUGCCGGCGGCCCUGUCUAUUGUGCAUCGAAAUCAUGUUACUCCGUUAAAUCAUACAAUGAAAUUUUUGUGCAGUUUUGGAAGGAAAAUACGCUCUAAAUUCAUCAAAUUAAAACACACACUGAACACAUAAAUCCAAACAAACAAAAGUUAUGAAUAAAUGGUUUCACUACGUUGGAACGAAUGGGUCGGAAAAAGUGGAUGGAAAUUCUUACACAUACCACCAAAAUUGUGAUUGGAAGAGCUUGGCAAUAACAACAAAAAAGAGCAUUUCACGCAUAAGCAUCUUAAUUACAGUACUUUGCUCGCGCAUCACUUGCAGGGAAGCUUCGCAAAAAAACUGAUUCGCCCCUACAGUGUCUAUUUUGUGUGAUAAGAGUUUUCCUGUGCGCGUGUAACGGAAAAAGCGUGCAAAUCGUUUCGGUUUCAACUUUCCUCAGCACACAUAGACACCGAACACGUUUGCUGAACACGUUACGUCUUCUUAUUGCCUCGGAACGGACCAUUCCACAAUGUAACUUAAAUUAGUUUAGAUUCUAUACGCACACAUACACACACACACACUAUGUUCUGGCGGAUCGUGUUUGCUUAUUCUCUCCAAGAAAAAAAAAAAAGAA